AUGGCGGCCCUGGUGAUGGAGAGUGAGCCCUGCAAGGCCACGCCGACAGAGUCGGCGCCCAGUGUCAAACAAGAGACCGAUGAUACCUUGAUGCACCCGCUCGAUUCCCACCAAGAAUCUCACGAUUCCAAUCUCCUCGAAGAUCACGCUCAAUAUCCUGAUCGCCGAUACAAGCUCCUACUCGAUAUCUUGGCCCUAGUAGCCAUCCAAUUCCUUCAAGGCCUCGACAGCACAAUCGUCGGGACUGCCAUCCCCAAAAUCACGGACCGGUUCCAUGCACUGGGCGACAUUGGCUGGUACGCAAGUUCGUUCAUGUUGACGGCUUGCUCCUUCCAGCUGAUCUGGGGCAAACUGUACACGUUCUACACGGCCAAAUGGACGUACCUGGUCGGCCUCUUCGUGUUCGAGCUCGGCUCCUUGAUCUGCGGCAUCGCGCCCUCGUCAACGGCCUUUAUCCUUGGCCGUGCGAUUGCCGGGCUCGGCGGCGGAGGCACCUGCGCUGGGUCGCUCCUGCUUGUCACACAUCUCCUCCCUCCCCCGCGGCGGCCAACUCUCGUUGGGAUCCUGUGCGCGACCUUUGGCUUUGGCGCGGCGAUGGGACCUUUGCUUGGGGGCGCAUUCACCGACAAUCGGACACUGACCUGGCGAUGGUGCUUCUACAUUAAUCUCCCGCUGGGCGCCCUGGCCGCCGCCACUAUCGUCCUGUUCAUCCCCACCAACAAAGCGCCUGGGGUCAACACCCCGUUCCGCGAGCGCCUGCUGCAGAUGGAUUUGCUGGGAGCCGUGCUUCUGGUUCCUGGGGUUAUUUCCAUCUUGCUGGCGCUGCAGUGGGGGGGUUCCGCGUACUCCUGGAGUGACGGCAGGGUCAUCGCCACGCUCGUCGUCGCGGGAGUUUUGGGGACCGGCUUCGUCCUCAGUCAGGUCUGCCGCAAGGAUGAGAAUCGCAUCAUGAUUUCGCCGCGCGUGUUUGGGGACCCCCGGGUCUGGCCCUCUAUCAUCCUGGGAGCCGCCUCUACUGCCUCGUUUUUCGUCAUGCUGUACAAUCUCCCAAUAUGGUUCCAAGCCAUCAAAGGCGCUUCUGCCGCUUCGUCGGGCGUGAUGAACCUCCCUCUCACCGUCAGCUUCCUCAUCGCCUCCACACUCGGAGGGGCACUGACCUCCGGCGAGUCGUCGCCGUCUCCUCCUCCGUCGUCACCAUCAAACAACAGCCGCCUACGAGCAGUCAAGCUCACCUCCCCAACAACAGCCCUUGCCCUCCUCACGCUCGCCUCUCCGAUUCUGUCAUCCAUAGGCUGCGGCCUCUUAACCACCCUCACCCCGACCAGCAGCGCAGGCAAGUGGAUCGGGUACCAGAUCCUGAUGGGCGCGGGCGCAGGGCUAGGGAUGCAGCUAAGCCUGACGGCCGCGCAGUCCUUCACCCGCCACGCAGACAUCAUCAUGGGGUCGACGAUCAUCCUGCUGUGCCAGAACCUGCCGGCAACGGUGCUGACCUCUGUUGCGGCGACGGUCCUCAACUCCCAGCUGGCGGAGCGCCUGCGCGACGAGGUUCCGGGCCUCCAUGGCGAUACGAAGUUGGUUACCGGGGCUGGUGCGACCGGGUUUCGUGAUGUUGUUCCGCCUGAGAUCAUCCCGGAUAUCUUGACCGUGUAUAAUGAGGCCGUGACCAGGACAUUUUUUGUUGCUGUUGGUGUGGCGUGCAUUGGAAUCGGGGGGAUCUUGCGGGUUCCUUUGAGCAGGAGGCGUGAGGCUAAGGGGGCACAAGCACUUGAUUAA